AUGCUGCAGGGGGAGCCCCAGCACCCCAAGGGCCCUGGCAGCUGCCACCCGGGGCCUGGGCGCCUGGUCCCUGAGUGCAGCAAGGGAGGCGCUCGCCGCGCGGGCCAGCCGCCCUUCACCCCCGAGGUUCUGACCGAGGCCCUCAACACCCACCUAAGGCACCCCGCCAUCCGGGUCCUGCAGGCCUUCCGUGUGCCCAGUGACUUCCAUGCCCGCUACGCUGCCACAUCCCGGACCUACAUGUACCGCCUGGUCACCGGCUGCCCCCGGCACGACCAGCUGUCCGUGUUUGAGCGAAACCGAUGCUGGGCCGUGCACGCAGACCGCCUGGACGUGGCUGCCAUGCGGGAGGCUGCCCAGCACCUCCUGGGGACACACGACUUCAGCGCCUUCCAGUCGGCUGGCAGCCCCUCUGCCAGCUCCGUGCGCACACUGCGCAGAGCCUCCGUGUCCCCAGACCCCGCCGGUCCCCUGGUCCUGCCCCAGGAGAGCAGGAGGUUGCAGUUCUGGAGCUUGGAGUUUGAGAGCCAGUCCUUCCUGUACAGACAGGUGCGGAGGAUGACAGCGAUCUUGGUGGCCGUGGGGCUGGGGGCUGUGACCCCGACUCAGGUGAAGAGGAUUCUACAGAGCCGGGACCCGCUGGGCAGGCACCAGACACGUGUGGCCCCCGCCCACGGCCUGUUCCUAAAGUCGGUGCUGUUCGGGGGCCUCCGAGACCUCGCAGUUGGGAGUCCAGACUGUGCCCAGCAGGAGAGCCAAGGACCAGGGGGCAGGGAGGCUCUGGGUUCACCAGACGACUUCAGGCUGGAGACCAGCGGCCCGAAGGUCCUGCCUCCAGCAGUCCCAAAGCUUCCAGCCUCGAGGUUUGCAGGCUCCAUAGCACGGAAGCCACAGGUGGCCCCCAGGUGCCAAGCCAAGGCCAGAGCACCCGUGGCUCACUCGGCCUGGCCACUGGACCCUGCCUAGCUCUGCAUGCCACGCGCCCGGUGCUGCCAAGCACUCAGCUGCCUGGGGCCACAGCCGGCCUCCUGAUCCCCAAGCCCCCAGCACCCUGG